GCGGAGGGGCCGAGGCUGAAUUGGGCUUCCGAGGUGGACGUCGCGAGAGCUGAGUUGCUGGCUUUCGUCUGCAAUUGUGGCCGGAUUGGGAAUCGAUCGAUGUUGGCUUCGUGAGUGGAAGUGGUGCCUGCGAUGAGCGCGAGUCUGAGAACCGCAUGGUCGCGCACUGGAAUCGUCGUUCGAGUACAGAAGCAGUCAUGGCAGCAGGGUAAUGGAAGGUUAAGGAUUCGUAGAUUUGCAACUGCUCAAGAGGAGCACAAAGCCAGCGGUGCCUCCACAUCGUACAGUGAGGAAGUGAGGCAAGGAUCCUCCGAGGAACAAAGCACACACUCUCAGAAGCCUGAGGGUGGGAGCCAGGAUAAAGCAAGAGAUGAUCCGUCAUCGAACACAUCUGCCUCUGCCGGGCCGCGAUCGUUUUUUGCUGAUAAGUUUGUGAAAGGUUUUACCUUUGCAUCUUCUUCAGCUACAGCAGGCUUCACAAAGUUGAAAAGCACCAAGGUUGUAGACGCUGUCAAGGACACCUACACUUUUCUGAAAGAGGAGCUCAAUACUCCCGCUUCUCGCCGGAAAGCCAAAGCCAGUACCCCUACUACUCCGCCGUCGGAAACCAGUAGUGAGACAGCUAUUGUUCCAGUAAUCAAAAAAAGGUCCGCAUGGCAAAAGAAAUUGGACGAGUUUGUGAACAAGGCGCGCCAGCAUCCAGCUUUCAAAAGGUUGAGCAGUGUUAAGCAACACCCAGUUGUCGCCAAGAGUCAAGAACUGGCAGAGGACAUACGAGAGAGGUGGGAAACAAGUGACAGUCCUGUGGUGCAUAAAAUCCAGGAUAUAAAUGACUCAUUGUUUGGGGAAACAGCUACCGCUGUGGCCAUGAAGGAAAUCCGGCAAAGAGAUCCGUCUUUUUCUAUACCUGAUUUUAUUGUUGAGCUUCAGGAAGACAUCCGGCCGAUCCUCAUUGCCUAUCUUAAGGGUGAUUACAAGGUUUUGAGACAAAAGUGCAGUCGGGAGGUAGUGGACCGUUGUCGGGCAGAAAGGACUGCUCUGGAGAGCCAAGGAAUCUUCCUGGAUCAUAAGAUAUUACAUGUGUCUGACAUAGAGGUAAAAGAAACCAAGCUUAUGGGAAAUUCUCCAAUUAUAAUAGUGGCUUUUCAAACACAACAGAUUUAUUGCGCUAGAGAUAAACUUGGAAACAUCACCCAAGGAGCUCAGGAUGAAAUACAUACGGUUUUCUAUGCAUGGGCUAUGCAGCAAAUUUCACCCGAAGAUAUGGAGGAAGGAGAAAUACAUCCUCGGUGGCAGCUUCGGGAGAUGCAACAACUAGGUAUUCAGGCUAUCAUUUAAACAUCCCGAUGUUUGCAGAAAUUACAUUAUGGAAAAUUAAUCCAUUAUUUCUGAUAGGAAAAUUUUGACCAUGGUACCUGUCAGCAUUCAUUGAUUGGGUAUCACAACUGAGCUUACAAAAAAAUUUCAGAAGCUGCGUUUGCACACCAAAUGAGCUAUUGUCUUGCGAAGCUGGGCCUAGCUGCCUUUGCCAAUUAUUGAUUGGCUUUGGCCACGUCACUUGAUCCUUCCAUGUGCACUGACUGUCGUUGUUGACAUUUACGAUGAGUUGUCAUGUACAAUUUUCAUUAUGGAUCAUUCUACUUUGAUCUGCACUUGCCCUGUCAAGUCUUUAGGAUCCACGAAGAAGAAUGAGAUUUGAGUAACAUUUUGUGCACCCAGAAAUGUACCAAAUUGAAUCCAGAUGCGUGUGCCCUGGACCUUGAUAUGAUUAAAUUUUGUAUAAACCAAGU